GUGAGCAGUAAGCACAGAUCACAACGGCCACAGCCUAGCUUCUGUAGCUCCACGGAGAGCUCACAAAAUCGCAGAGAGAAAAACGAGGGUACAUGCUAACGGCUGAUCAUGGCAGAUGAUAGCCAGGUAUCGCAGCAACCUGCUCAACCUCCGGAGGCAAAGACCGAGGCAUCCGAGCUGGACUACGUGACACGAAGAGAGAUCGGGAGGGAGGCCGUGUGGUCUCUUUCCUCGGCCAAGCCCGGCAACGGCGUUGACCAGCUCAGGGACGACUCAACCAACACCUAUUGGCAAUCAGAUGGGGGCCAACCUCACCUGAUCAACAUCCAGUUCCACAAGAAGAUGACCGUGGUAGAGAUAGCAUUUUAUCUUGACUUUGGUUCAGACGAGAGUUACACGCCGAAAAAGCUCUCGAUUCGGGCAGGCAGUAGCUUUCACGAUCUCGUCGAAGUGACGGUCAAGGAACUACACGAGCCCGUUGGGUGGGUGAGAGUACCGCUGUUUGCGCCAGGGGGCGGUGGGGCAGCGGCAAUCGCGGCGGAUGCUGCCGGUGGUGCGGAGGGCCCUGUCCUGCGCGCGCACUUCGUGCAGAUUUGCGUGGUAGCCAUGCACCAAAACGGCAGAGAUACACACAUCAGACAGGUGAAGGUUUUUGGCCCGCGGUUGGCGUCCGUGCAGCACGACCCGUCUCUGUUAGAGUUCAUAUCCCCGGAGUUUGAGACAUUUGCCUGCAUCCGAUAGCCCGGAGCCCCGAUGAGGAAGGGCGCCCUCGAAGGAUGUGCGACAGUGACGAUAGAGAGAGAUCGAUAGAGGGAGAGAGAAAGAUGGAGACAGAGGGCGUGGUGCCUCUGUUUUACAAUCUGACGGUGGCAUGAGGGGGAAAGGGGAAAGCAGGGUCCAACACACGGUUUUGUUGGCAAGGGAUAUUUAGUAAACGUGGAGAGACGCAAAUCUGUUGCUCCGUGCUUCUGAUAGCCCUCAUGCAACAGGGGAGUGGGUGAGUAGGCCACAGGCCUAUCGAUUCAGUUGCGAUGGCUCAAGGCUCAAUUCGUAGAUGCGGUCGACCACGCGAUUUCAUCUUUGAGAAGGAAGAAAUCGAGAGGGGAGGGGGGAAGUGCUCAUGGUUAUACGAGGAUAUGUACAUAGUGUUCGAGAAGACGUUGCGAUGAGUACCGAUGUGCACGCCGGUAGGCGAUACGACUAACUUGUUUGAAUGAGUAGACGUGAAGUGUUGCGUGAAGAC